AUGCCUCAGAUAGAAGAAGCCGACAAAGAGAAUCGCGCACCGAUCAGAAAGGCUGCCACGAGCUCGAGGCUUUCGCCGACGAGUACUUCUACGACUCCAGGACCUUCGACAAAGACAUCGCUGGGUACUGCUUCGCGUGCCUUUCCAUCCGACGAUCCGGACGAAGAGCGCGAUGGACUUGCCACCGAUGGCAAGGUUCUGCGCUCAAAGCGAUCAGCUCUGUUUUACCCUUCUGCCAGCCUCAGAGCCCAAUCGAAUCAGAAGCCUUUUUCUCGCAGCGCCGCGAGGAAAAACUCCAUCAUGGCUCUAGGAAGCAUAGGCUACCUUCAGCAUCUUUACACCAAGCAAGGCAUCGCCAGCCGGAAGCGACCGCUCGCCAAAGGCGCAAUGACCUUAGCGAUUGGCCAUGCUGGCGAGGUACUGAUGUCCUCCAGCGCUGGUACGUCCGACGAGACAAGAUCAGAAGCCUCCUCCCGCGAUCAGUCCCUCUCCUCUCGAUUCACUGAGGACCCCGAGGAGGACGACCAUUUGAGCUUGCCUCCUAGCCCGGAGGCGGGUAGCUACACCUUGCCCAAAUACCUUGACCUAGCAAAACCGUUGCAGGCAGAUGCGGAUGCUCUUCGCAAACUGCUAGUCGCCGACCUUGCUCGUUUGAUGGACAUCUGGGGUCUCGAGUCCUGGCUGGCACAGGACGCAGCGGUGACUACUCUGAAACGAAUGCUCUCUAGCGGCUUCAAGACAAAUGCCUUCGAAGAAAUACCUGUAUCCACCUCGAUCGACCUUCUCGCUUUGAUCGAUGUCACGACAAAGGCGAUUCGGUCAGUGCGUAGCUACAUUCUCGCUCUACCGCAGCGGUCGCGAGUGCCAACAUCAUCGCCUAUCGAGCCGAGCGGGCGCGAUCUAUUCCGCCGACAGACCAGCUUCAGUGGCGUUUCUCGCGCAGGUCAAGUCGGUGCACCUGUUCCGACAAGAACGAGCGAGAUCCUCCACCAUGGUUCGCCCCAACAGAGCUCGAACACGCCCGUGCAGCCCUUACCGAAGCGUACAUCGAGCCAAUCAGGUGAGCUAGACACCGACCACCUGGGCACCAUUCGCAAAGCAGCGCUCGAGGUACUCUCGGGGCUCAAAGAGAUGGAGAUCAGAUAUCGAACGGAGAGCAUCAGCGGCAAUGAAGGUGAAUGCGAGGCUUUACACACAGCAGCGGAUCCAGACGGCUCAGAAGCAGCCCCGAACGCCGAUCCCGAUGCGUCGAGUGUCACAAUGCUUGUCAAAACCAUACCAGCAACCGGAUACUUGUAUCGCUCCGACUUGCAGCUGUCAGACUUGGCGGCUGAGCGAACGACUCUGCAAGAUUAUUUGGUCACUGUCAAUUCGGUCUUGUCGACGUUGACGAUUUCUGCUCAGGAACAGCGCCGGCUGCCCAGCACUGCAAAUGGAAGCACGCAGGACGAGAUGACUUCGACAGAGAUGUCGAGGCCGCAGAUCUCUAUCAACCCAAGUGACACGCUGGGUUCGUCUCCAUCAGCUUACGGCUGGACUGCGUUACCGACCGGAUCAGCCGAGCGCUUGUCCAGCUUUCUCAUCGACCACUGCGAAGGUUGUGGCUUGGAACCUCUGCAGCGACUGGAACGUUUCCGUGAUGCUGCAGGCGAUCCAGAGAAGCUUCUUGCCUUACUCUCCGACGGCUACGUGCUAUGUCGGGUCUUCAACGAAGAAGUUCGCCGGUCCGACAAGCCAUGGGGCUACAUCUCAGCCCGCGAGAUGCACGACUUGGAGGCAGAGGAAACUGCUUUGCUCGAAAAGGAGACUCUUCGGGCAAAAGAAGCCCAAGAGGCCGAAGCGACCAAGUUCCAGACACGAGCUAGCCGCAACAGCCCGAGUGAGGGUGCUUCAAUUUCAAAGGGGGGCACUCCCCAGACAGGUGCAGAGGAAGGGGAGCACCGUGCCAGUCGACCGGGAUGGACGUUCCGCAAGACCGAGAAUCUACGCGUGUGGGCAGCCGCCCUGAAGCUACGCUACGCCAUCCAGACAACCGCCACCCGUGCCGCGGUCAGACCUGUCGCAGCCGCCCCCACCUACGGCAACCUCGGCCUGGGAAAGCUCAACCUCCACGGCCGGAGAGUCGCCUCGGAAUCCCACAUUUCAUCCGACAUCUCAAAGUCCAGCUCUCGAACGAUCGACUUUGACCCAGUCAGAGUAGCACGCCACGACGCCGGCUGGCAGGAGAUGCUCACCAAGCUGAUCCACGCAUGGAUCGACGCUGUCGCUGCCGAACAGUCACCCAUGUAA